AUGGUUAAGACAUACGUUGAUUCGUUGCGCCAAACAAGGCAACGUCUGUCCGCUUUAUUGUCUGAAGCAGGCGAUGGAGAUGACCCUAAUGGUUUCGUAGCUACCUAUCGAACCUUGGUCAGUGAAUUGGAUGAUAUAGUGACCUUUCUUGAGCCCUGCGAUCAUGAAAGCGAGCCGCGAUUUAUCAAGGCAUAUGAGUCUGCGUUGGAGGAUACGGGUGACCCUAAUUUUGACGCAGAUAUCGCAGAAGCAAUUGCUGACUUGCAACGGGAAGCUUGCGAGGCUAUAACAUUCUUAGAAGGAGUGGGCCAUAUUGCAAGAAAUACGGACAUCUUCCUUAAAGGGCAGCGGGAAAACCAAAACGCCCUCCUCGUUUCGCACAAUUCAUUACGUGAUAACUUAUUGCAGCAUAAAGUCGAAGCAGAAGCCGCAUUAAUCGAUAAUGCAUCGAUUCUGGACAUGUUGAAUCACGAUAUCGCAAUUUCAGAGGAUCGCAUAAAACGACUCAAUGAGAGCCAUUGCCUUCUGAUCAUGGUGACGAGCUCCCAUCGCAUAGAUCGAACGUUGCUUCGCGUCUAA